UUUUAUUAGUUUGUGAUAGAAAUUAGCUACAAUGAAGGGAGCAGUACUAUUAACUUUGCUCCUUGCAGCAUAUACAUCUGGUGAAGAUGAACUGCAACUAGCAGAUGUUUGUGACCCGGAAGCCUGUAAAUUACCAGAUUGCAGGUGCUCCAAUACUGAGAUUCCUGGAGGUUUAGAAGCUAGAGAUACUCCACAGUUUGUCCUCUUAACCUUCGACGAUGCUGUCAACAUCAUCAACGUAGAGACCUACAGAAACACCAUCUACAGCCGUAGGAAUAAGAACAGCUGUCCAGCUGGAGUCACUUUCUACAUCAACCAUGAGUACACUGACUACCAAAUCGUCAACGAACUGUAUAACCAAGGGUUUGAAAUCGCCCUGCACUCUGUUACACACCAGACCAAUCAGACUUAUUGGCAAGAGGCGACGUACGAUGACAUGGCUAGAGAAUUCGGUGACCAGAUCAUCCAAAUGUCACAUUUUGCUAAUAUUCCUUCUGAUGCUAUCAAAGGAGUACGCAUCCCGUUCCUCCAAAUGACAGGAAACGCCAGUUUCCAAGUCAUGGCUGACUUCAACUUGGAGUACGAUUGCACCUGGCCUACCGUCUCCCACAUCAACCCUGGUCUCUGGCCGUACACCCUGGACUAUGCUUCCAUCCAGGAUUGCGUCGUUCCCCCGUGCCCUACGGCUUCCAUCCCCGGACCUUGGGUGCUGCCUAUGGUCACGUGGAGGGACUUGAAUGGAACUCCUUGCUCUAUGGUGGACAGCUGUUCAGCAGUGCCCAGUACAGAGGAAGAAUGGUUCCAAUUCAUCCUUGCCAACUUCGAGCGGCACUAUAUGGGUAACCGAGCCCCGUUCGGCUUCUAUAUCCAUGAGUGGUACAUCAGUGACAACGUUAACCCUCAGGUCCGUAGGGCUUUAGUCAGAUUCUUGGAUUUGAUCAACAAUCUCAAUGAUGUCUUCAUGGUCAACUCCAAGGAAGUGAUUGAUUGGGUUAAGAACCCUGUACCACUCGACGAGUACGUACAGAAGCCAUGUGCCACUCACAUUCCCACCUUCUGCCCGCCCGCUUCUUGCCCCGUUGUCUCUGAACACAAUCAGAACACUUACUGGAUGUCCAUCUGCAACGUUUGUCCUCAAACCUACCCUUGGCUGGGGAAUCCCCUUGGACUUUAACCCACUUGAACUCUUUUUUUUAUAACUGUAACAAUAGAUAAUAUCUCAACGUCGUCAAUGUGAUCUUUAUUUAUAAUAGGCAAAACUCAAUCUAAAACUAAUUGUGUAUUAAAAGCGAAACAAUUAAAAACUGGAUAAAUACAAA